AUGGGAGGACGGUCCACGCUGGCUUUAGUUGUCUUUUGCGUGCUUCAGCUUCCCUACCAGGUUUGGACCUCCGGCGUCUUCGAGCUGAAGCUGCAGGAGUUUGUCAAUAAGAAGGGGCUUCUGGGCAACCGCAACUGCUGCCGAGAGGGCCUGGGCUCCGCCAGUGCUGGCGCCGGCGCUCCGGCUGGCUUGCAACAGUGCGACUGCAAAACUUUCUUCCGCGUGUGCCUUAAGCACUACCAAGCUAGCGUGUCCCCAGAGCCGCCUUGUACCUACGGCAGUACCGUCACUCCGGUUCUUGGAGCUAACUCGUUCAGCGUCCCCGACGGCGCCGACGCCAGCGAACCGUCUUUCAACAACCCCAUCCGGUUCCCCUUCGGCUUCACCUGGCCGGGCACUUUCUCUCUCAUCAUUGAAGCUCUGCACACUGACUCUCCUGAUGACCUCAGCACAGAGAAUCCAGAACGUCUCAUUAGCCGCCUGGCUACACAGAGACAUUUGACUGUUGGGGAAGAAUGGUCCAGUGACCUGCAUACCAGUGGUCGCACUGACCUCAAAUAUUCCUACCGAUUUGUGUGUGAUGAGCAUUACUAUGGAGAAGGCUGUUCUGUCUUUUGUCGCCCUCGGGAUGAUGCCUUUGGCCACUUCACUUGUGGAGAACGUGGGGAGAAGGUCUGCAACCCAGGCUGGAAGGGACUAUACUGCACUGACCCAAUUUGCUUGCCAGGCUGUGAUGACCAGCAUGGAUUCUGUGACAAGCCUGGAGAAUGCAAAUGCCGUGUUGGUUGGCAAGGACGUUACUGUGAUGAAUGCAUCCGAUACCCAGGUUGUCUUCAUGGUACCUGCCAACAACCUUGGCAGUGCAAUUGUCAGGAAGGAUGGGGUGGUCUUUUUUGUAACCAGGAUCUAAAUUACUGUACACACCAUAAGCCUUGCAAAAAUGGCGCCACUUGUACCAAUACGGGCCAAGGAAGCUACACCUGCUCUUGCCGUCCUGGUUACACUGGUUCCAACUGUGAGAUUGAAAUCAAUGAAUGUGAUGUCAAUCCUUGCAAGAAUGGAGGAAGCUGUACUGACCUUGAGAACAGCUAUUCCUGUACCUGUCCACCUGGCUUUUAUGGUAAAAACUGUGAGCUGGGUGCAAUGACCUGUGCCGAUGGGCCUUGCUUCAAUGGAGGACGAUGUACAGACAACCCCGAAGGUGGAUAUAGUUGCCGUUGCCCCGUGGGUUACUCUGGAUUUAACUGCGAAAAGAAAAUUGACUAUUGCAGCUCCAGUCCUUGUGCUAAUGGAGCUCAGUGUGUGGAUCUUACGAAUUCCUACAUAUGCCAAUGUCAAGCUGGCUUCACGGGAAGACACUGUAAUGAUAACAUGGAUGACUGCGCCUCCUUUCCUUGCUUAAACGGAGGGACCUGUCAAGAUGGAGUCAAUGACUAUUCCUGCACCUGCCCUCCUGGAUACAAUGGAAAGAACUGCAGCACUCCUGUCAGCAAAUGCGAGCAUGGUCCCUGCCACAAUGGGGCUACUUGCCACGAAAGAAACAAUCGUUAUGUGUGUGAAUGUGCACGUGGUUAUGGGGGCCCAAACUGCCAGUUCUUGCUUCCUGAACCCCCUCAAGGGGCAGUCAUUGUUGACAUCACCGAGAAGUACACCGAAGGUCAGAGCUCCCAAUUCCCGUGGAUUGCAGUGUGUGCUGGAAUUAUCCUGGUCCUUAUGCUCUUGCUGGGCUGUGCUGCCGUUGUGGUCUGUUUUCGUCUCAAAACACAAAAGCGGCAGCCUCAGCAAGAUGCCUGCAGGAGUAGUGAAGUUGAGACCAUGAACAACCUGGCCAACUGUCAGCGAGAGAAGGACAUCUCCAUAAGUGUCAUUGGUGCCACCCAGAUUAAGAAUACUAAUAAGAAAAUAGACUUCCACAGCGAAAAUGCUGACAAAAAUGGCUACAAAGCCAGAUAUCCGUCAGUGGAUUACAAUUUGGUCCAUGACCUCAAACAGGAGGACACUGUUAAAGAGGAUCAUGGCAGAUGCGAAGCUAAGGGUGAAACAUACGAUUUGGAAGCAGAAGAGAAAAACAUAGUACAGCCCAAAAGUGAAAUAUCUGAAAGGAAACGGCCAGAAUCGGUAUAUUCCACUUCAAAAGACACAAAGUACCAGUCAGUGUAUGUCAUAUCAGAAGAGAAAGAUGAAUGCAUCAUAGCAACGGAGGUGUAAAAAGAAAGAUGACAUGGCAAAAUUGUUGUUUUGAAACAAUUUUCAAAGGUUAUAUGCCCCAGUGAAUGCUGCUGAAUAAGGAAAGGGAGAAAGAUUCCUUCACUGACUGCUGCUGAGAAAACUAAAUUCAGACUGAGCUGGUUCUCUACUGAAGUUAGCAAAAGGGACUGCAAAUAAUACAUGAUGGACGCUAGGUCAGGCUCUGUGUUCAAAGAUACCUGUUGCACUGCCUUUUAUGAAGAUUUAUCAUUGCACUAUGGCCAGUUGAUUUUUUCCCCCCUAUAUGUAUUUAAAUGAACGGACUGAAUUCCUACACAAAAAAUGUGCACUGCCUGGAGUGUGUAUUUUGGAUUCUAUGAGCCAGUUGAUUCUUGAGAUACAGACACUGCCUUUACUGCCCUUUUUUAUACUAAAAUGUGUUUUUAUUAGGUGGGGAAAGAAAGUGUGUUAUUUUUUUUAAAACUGUAAAAAUUAU